AUGGCUACCCAGGCCAGCACAGCGCAUACCUACACCUUGCCCACCUCCUCUCUCCCCCACUCCCAUUCCCAAUCUCAAUCACAGGCAACAAACACGCAACAUCAUGCGCGUAAGACCUGGCGUUCGAGAUUUAACCUCCUCUCCCCCUCCCCGUCCCCAUUCCCAUCAUCGUCGUCCGACCCAAAUGAUCUCCAGCAGGAAGCCACAAGGGAAAGCGCUGCACGGAGCUCCAGUAGACAUGUAGCGAAAUGGUGGAAGAUACGUUUUUUUCGCGGCAUGGUCCAUGAUGUGAGGAGAAGAGCGCCGUACUAUGGGAGUGAUUGGUUAGAUGCGUGGGAUUAUCGGGUGGUGCCUGCUACGGUGUAUAUGUAUUUCGCCAAGAGAUGGAGUAAUUGGAAAGUGGAAGUGGAAAGUUGA